AUGAGUGAAUCAUCAUCAGACAAAGAGCAAACUCAACCAGCCAAUGAUACCAAUUUGAAUUAUUGGCUUGAUUCAUGGCAAAAUAAUAAAAUUGGAUUCCAUCGAAAGAUUAUUAGCAAACUAUUUCAGUCAUAUUUAAUUCCCAAAUUGACUUCAUCAGAACAAAAACAAUUAUGUGUCGUCUUUCCUUUAUGUGGCAAAACAUUGGAUAUGAUAGCCGUACUAGAUAAUGGCCAUCGUGUUAUUGGUAUUGAAGGUUCGCAAACUGCUAUAAACGCAUUUUUUAAUGAAAAUAAUAUUUCCUAUGAAAUUGAAAAUGAUGAAAGUAAUCAAUGUCAAAUUUAUAAGGGUACUGAUCGUCCUAUAACUAUAUAUUGUACUGAUUUUUGUUCUUUUAACAAAACUCUACCGUCUAUUGACUAUAUAUGGGAUCGUGGUGGACUUGUAGCUAUUAAUCCAUUAGAUCGUGAACCAUAUCGAGAUUGUCUAUUACGAAUGAUGACACGUGAGCAAACUCAAUUAUUUCUGGUAGCUAUAAACUACAAUGAUCCAGAUUAUACUCCUCCACCUCAUAUUCUUAGUGAUGAUAAUGUGAAUAAUUUAUUUGGAAAUGAAUGUUCAAUUGAACUUCUCGAAGUUCAUGAUGAAACUGAUGAGUUUAAUGGUCGUGUUGGACGUCAGGCGAUAAAACAAAUUGAAGAACGUAUCCAUUUAGUCAUACGAAAAUCAAAAUGA